AUGGAGGAGAACAUGGAUAAAGCAGCAGCGCAGGUGAUCUCAAAGAACGAUUAUAGUGUUUAUUCAGUUACCAUCAAUCUCCAAGAAAUCGGCAACAACUUUGAUCCAUCCAUUGAGUUUACUGGUAAACUUGACUCAGAACAUGUCAUGAUAUCUACUAUCUUUCAUUGCAACGGUUUUUUAUUGUGCACUACCAAAGACAAUAGACUCUUCGUUUGGAACCCUUGUACUGGUCAAACCAGAUGGAUACAACCAAGUGGUAGCAAAACAUGGUAUGAAAAUGACUAUGUUCUAGGGUACGAAAGCAACAACAAAUCUGGCUAUAGCUACAAAAUCUUGACCAGCUGUUAUGAGGGACGUGAUCCUAUAGUCGAGGGUAAUAAUUCUAAGAUCCUGGAAAUUUAUGAACUUAAGUCUGAGUCAUGGAGGCGUCUUGAUGAUGUCCCUCAGAACUGGAGGAUAAGAGGUUCUAGCGUGUCUUUAAAGGGAAAUCCGUACUGGGUUGCUUGGGAUUUUGAUACUAAUAUUUUCUUACUCAGCGAGUGA